AUGAAUGACCAUCAUCAAAGCAAUAGUAUAGUUAAUUAUAUAAAUAGUAAUACAAAUAAUAAUAAUAAUAAUAAUGAUAGUAGUACAUCAAUGAUGAUGAAUCAAAACGAAUUGAAUACAAUGCAACAACAACAAGAGACAUCACCAACUCGAAAGACCUAUAGAAUAGCAAUGGUAUCUGACUUUUUCUUUCCUAAUAUGGGUGGUGUCGAAGAACAUCUUUAUCAACUGUCACAAUGUCUCAUUAAACGUGGCAACAAGGUCAUCAUUAUAACACACAACUAUGGUAAUCGAUUCGGUGUCAGAUACGUCACCAACGGUCUCAAAGUAUACUAUAUGCCACAAGCACCAUUCUACAAUCAAUCUUCAUUCCCAACACUCUACUUUACAUUUCCUCUAUUUCGUCAAAUUCUAGUUAGAGAAGGUAUUGAAAUUGUUCAUUGUCAUCAGGCAUUCUCAACAUUGGCACAUGAAAGUAUAUUACAUGCAAGAACUAUGGGAUACAGUACAUGUUUUACUGAUCAUUCAUUGUUUGGUUUUGCCGAUGCAUCGUCUAUACAUAUGAACAAACUACUCAAAUUCUCAUUGUCUGACAUUUCUCAUGUCAUUUGUGUAUCAAAUACAAGUAAAGAGAAUACUGUAUUACGUGCUCAACUAGAUCCUCAUCUUGUAUCUGUCAUUCCAAAUGCUGUAGAUACUACUCAAUUCACUCCUGAUCCUUCAAAAAGAGAUCCUUCAAAAAUAACAAUUGUAAUUAUGAGUAGAUUAGUAUAUAGAAAAGGAAUUGAUUUGGUCAUUGAUAUCAUUCCAAAUAUUUGUAAGAAAUUUCCAAAUGUACAUUUUGUGAUUGGUGGUGAUGGACCAAAGAGAGUGACGUUGGAAGAGAUGAGAGAGAAACAUCAGCUGCAUGAACGUGUCGAGUUGUUGGGUAGUGUCAAACAUUCAAACGUCAGAAAUGUAUUGGUGCGUGGUGACAUCUUUCUCAACAGCUCUUUGACAGAGGCAUUUUGUAUUGCCAUUGUUGAAGCUGCUUCUUGUGGACUCUAUGUAGUGUCGACCAAGGUCGGUGGUGUUCCAGAAGUACUACCACAUCACAUGAUGAGUUUGGCUCAACCAGUAUCAGAAGACUUGGAGGAAAAGUUAACACUUGCUAUCCUUCAACUUAAAAGUACACCACUCGAAACACAUGCACAGGUAAAAGCAAUGUACGAUUGGAAUGAUGUUGCUCGUCGUACAGAAGCUGUUUAUGAAGUCAUCUCACAUGCUCCCAAAGUACCGUUUAUCGAACGUCUACGUAGAUUUGUCGGGUGUGGUCUAUGGGCUGGUAAAUUAAAUUGUAUGGUUGUUGCUCUUGACCAUUUAUUAUGGCGUUUUCUAGAAUGGUACAGUCCUCGAAAGGAUAUAGAUCCUGCUAUCGAUUUUCCAAGUGAUCAAGAUAAUAAUAAUAUUAAUAAUAAUAAAUAA